GUGAGGAGGUGAAGGCUCCUCAGUGAGAGGGAGGAGAUGUGAGGAGGUGAAGGCUCCUCAGUGAGAGGGAGGAGAUGUGAGGAGGUGAAGGCUCCUCAGUGAGAGGGAGAUGUGAGAUGAGAUGAACAGAUUUCUGAGGAAGACUGAAAAUGGACGCGGCGGUUCCUGCGCGGUGUGCUCUGCGGCCGUCCUGCGGGGGGCGCUGUCCCCGCGCUGUAUAAACGCAGCGCGCUCGGCAGCUCCGCUCAGACUCGGAGGAGCUUCUGGUCCUGUGUGCGGAUUAAAGAUGCGCUGCUCUCUGACCUGCGGACCCACUGAGCUCCACUCGCCCGGCGCCGACAGCCCGCCCUGCAGCAGUGUGUGUGGAUCCAGCGCCGUGGCCAUCGACAACAAAAUAGAGCAGGCGAUGGACCUGGUGAAGGGUCACCUGAUGCUGGCAGUGAGAGAGGAGGUGGAGGUGCUGAAGGAGCGCAUUAAGGAACUCUGGGAGAGAAACUCUGAGCUGCGGCGAGAGAACACUCUGCUGAAGUCCCUCACUAACCUCCAGCAGCUGCAGACGCUCUCGGCCCAACUGAGCCCCCCCCAGAGCGCCCCCGAGGGCCCACAGCUGGCAGAGUGGGCACAGCGGGCACAGAUAGCAGAGUGGGCAAGGCGGGUGCAGUGGGUGCAGCAGGUACGGAUAGCAGAGUGGACACAGCUGGCAGGUCCAACUUCACCGAACAGCAACAGCGCAGCCCUGAUUCACCACAGCGUGACCUCCGUGUGAAAAACCCACUAAAUAAACGCCUGAAAGAUGUUUUCAAAUGGCAGAACCCCAGCGGUUCUGCUGUCAGACGCUCCCCAGCGGUUCUGCUGUCAGACGCUCCCCAGCGGUUCUGCUGUCAGACGCUCCCCAGCGGUUCUGCUGUCAGACGCUCCCCAGCGGUUCUGCUGCAGUCAGUUCUCCAGCUUCAGGAAACCAGCCCAGACAUAACACUGCCUUGAGAGAGAGAGAGAGAGAGAGAGAGAGGAGAGACACACACACACACACACACACACACACACACACACACACACACACACACACACACACACACACAGACGGACAGACAGACAUGGGGUAUAGUGAUGAACUGAAGUUGUCAUUCGCGCCCCCUGCUAGACACUCUGCUGCUGAGUGAAGGUCGUUUUUCAUCUGCUGAUGUUUGGAUGGUCAGAUGAUGGAAAGAUGGACAGAUAGAAAACAGACAAUGGAGGUGAAUGUUUAAGUUUUUUUAGGCCGUUAUUUAAUAUUCAUAAAUGUUCAGUCACUGUCAUUAAUUCCAUUUUAACGUUGGCGUGGAUUUUAUUACACGGCUGCUAUUUUCAGAAUGUAAAUAUAAAAGAUGAACUGUUAUAAAGGAACUGUGUGUGUUAUAAAGGAACUGUGUGUGUUAUAAAGGAACUGUGUGUGUUAUAAAGGAAACUGUGUGGUUCUGCUGUGUAGUGUUUAUAACACUGAAUUGAAUGUACUUUAGUUUAUAAAGGAGGAGCUUUAAUGUUUUACACAUUGAUUCCUCAUAUUAAAAUGAAUAUAAACUCUUUUGGUGACAAAAGCUGUGAAACUUUAAACUUAUUUUUAACCAAAGAUGAAACACUGUACUUCAUUUUUCUUUGUUUGCUUUAUUUAUUUAUUUUAUUAGAUUUUUUUUAAUGGUUUCAAGUCAAAACAUCUUAUUCUUUGGCAGAUUUUGGGAAUUUUGUGGAUUUUGGUGAAGGGAAAACAUUUCUACACACUUUUUCACUUUAAAUCUUAAGCAAAGAAAGAUGUUGCUAAUUUACAGAAUAAUAAUAUUAAUAAAUUGUUUACAUGAAAAACACUACAACUGAGUGUGUGUGAGUGUGAAAAUGAUCAGAAUGUCUCUGUAAUGUGUUUUGAUUCUGUAAAGUAUAAAUAAAUAGUUCUGUCAAGUCUGUGUGAUCUGCAAUUUCUGAACAAGAAACACAAAUAUCUGUUUUUC